AAAGUGAAACAUUUAGGAAAAUUUCGUGGAGACAAAGAAAAGAACAACUUUUCCUUGGCGCUCAAAGAUUCUUCACAAAAUACAACUCCGGCCAACACACCUUCGAUUAUGUUCUCUCUGAUCUUUUAAAAGGAGUUAGUUACAGAUAUGACGAUGAGCUAGAUAUAUAGGUGUCCGCCAUUGAUGAUAUAUAUACUGAUAUCCUUCCCCACACAAAAAUGUCACCCCCAGAUCUUCAUCAUCACCUCUCACAUCAAAACAACAAAAGUUUAUCCGAACAAAUCCUACAAAGAUUAACAAACAUUAUCCCAACAACGUUGUCAUACACGGCCACCUUGGGUCGGCAAAUCGGAAACCUAUCAUCCAUAGGGCUAGUGGCCGCCGUGCUCCUCGGCGCAGCCGCUUACUACUACUACUACUACAUCGUAGUCACCGCCGACAAGAAAAACAACGGUCGUCAUCGUCAGCUGGUGUUCUCGCGGUCGAUGUCGGUGGGAGCUCUCCACGGCGGCCAAUUUGCCAUCCAGAGACUGGUGGAGUACCACGACGCCCGCGCGAACCGAGCGUCGCUUCAAUCUGCCGAGGAUGCGCUCGAUUCUCUGCUCAAUGAGGACCGCCCAGAUUUCAAGAAACUGCAAAGGGUGGUGGGGAGGCUGGAGAUGAGUGGGAAAGAGGGGAAGGCGGUGGAGAGACUGGAAGGUGCAGUGAAGAAAGCUGGAAUGCAGGGAAAGCCACAUGAAGCUUAUGAAUUUGAUAUGUUGCUUGUAGAAAUGCUCAUUUACAAGGGUGAUUUCAAAAAGGCACUGAGCCGUCCAUGCUUAAAAGAUGAAUCAAUCACGGAUGCCAGACGUCCACUGUACAAGGCCAUGAUUCAUUUGUUGUUAGAGGAUUGUAGUGAAGAAGAAGUGCAAAGGCUAUGGAAGGAGUUUAGGAGAAUUCAAAAGCAUUUCAGGAAGUCGCAUUCUUCACAAGCUCCCCAACUUCACGAAGCAGCAAGACAUUUCGACACGUUCAAGAACAUUGUCAUGUCCCUCAAAGAUGACAUCCGCCACACCACAUUAUUGAAUGCCAACUAGCCUCCAAAAUAUAAAACUAUCAACUCAUUUUUAUGUAUUCAUCAAAUGAGAAUGUAAAACUGGUCAGUUUCUGCAUUCCAACUAUCAGCUUAAAUUUGUAGUUGAGAUACAACAUAUAUUUCAAUUUGGUAUCA